GUUCCGCGAUUAUUGGAGAAGCUUCACGGCGCAGCCCUAGAGAUCUCUGUUAAUGGUCUUCCUGGCAGUGUUCCGUCCGUAGUCCUUUCACCUCGCCAUCCUACUCCAGUCUGUACCCAACCCGUCAGUCCGAAGGAAAACGGUGAGUUCUCGGGUCGCCCAUCUAGUGACGUUUCUGCUCCAACGAUGAAUGUAGAUAACACCCCUACCCCCGACACUCCGAUCUGUGCACAGUCCUAUCGGUUUUUUGUCCAUACUUAG